UAGUAUCAGAAGUUCUGAUUCAGAACUUUCGAAGGAGAAAUAUGGCCGCCUGGACACGCGAUGAAUUGUGUGUGUUAAUAGACGCGUUCAAGGAAGAACAGUGCUUGUAUAACGUUAAAUCGAAGAACUAUCAUAAUAAACAUUUCCGGUCGGAAGCUCUAAAUAGAGUGUUCCAGAAAGUUAAAAGUCUUCGGUCGCAUUUACAGAAUCCAAAGGAAUGCCAAAUCAAGUUCUCCAAUAUGAGAAACAUGUUUAGCGUGGAAAACAACAAGAGGAAAGAGAGUAUGAAAACCGGAUCAGGAACAGAUGAUGUAGAUGAUUGUGGCACCUACAAACAAAGUGAUCCAGCUCCUGCAGAUAGUGAACUGGAGGUGGACUCUGCAACUACCAACAUUGAGGAUGUCUGCAGUACCAGUAACAGCAGCAUCAGUAUGUUUGCACCAAAUGAUCAGGCAUCCUCUCAGACAAUUCAGGAGUCAGUAGAUAUGUCCACACCUACAUCCUCAACCAAGAAAAGAAAGGGAAAUGAAGACUAUGGGUCUGCAGUUAUCCUAAUUGCAAAGGCUCUACAGGAAGAUGAUGAGAGUGAUGAAACAGAUCUGUUUGCAAAAUUUCUAGGAGCAGAAAUUAAAAAAUUAAAUGCGACAAAAAGAAAAGAUGUGUAAGAUUGGAGCUGAUGAGAGUAUUGUAUGAAG